AUCAAUCACAUAAUAAUUCCCUCAUAUAUUUAGUAAAAGAAACAAAAAUCAAUGGAAACUGAAAACGCAUCUGAAUUCGAUUUGGCUUGGCUCGACUCCAUACAAACCUUUCUUCUCAGCGAUAGCGAUUUCGAUUUCGAUUUCGAUUUCGGUUUCGGUUUCAAUUCCCCACCUGCAAAUUCUCCGAUUCCUAUCAAAGACGAGAGCGAAUCGUCGUCGCAGUUGGUGAGCGACGAGAGUGAUUCGGCGGGAUCGGGCGUUGCGGCGGCGGAGUGGAAGCGGUACAGAGGCGUGAGGAGGCGGCCGUGGGGGAAGUUCGCGGCGGAGAUAAGGAAUCCGGAGAAGAAGGGGUCGAGGCUGUGGCUGGGGACGUACGAGACGCCGGAGGAGGCCGCCGUGGCUUAUGACAGAGCCGCCUUCAAAAUGCGCGGAACCAGAGCUAAAGUCAAUUUCCCUCACCUUCUCGGGUCGGGUGUUUCGGAGCCGACCCGGGUGACGAAGCGGCGUCGGACUUCCAAGGAGCAGCCGGAGCCGUUGAAACAUGCGAAAACAGAAAAUGAAAUUUCGUGUAGCGCCUGAUUUAGGCCUUCUUUUUUUUUUCUUUACAUUUUUUUAUCGAUCUAAAUUUGAACAACUAUUGCCACUAAUCCUCCAAUAAGUACCUAUUUAUGUUAUGACUUAAGCCUCA